AUGGCGCCCGACGGCCCCAGCAACAUCCGUGUCUUCGUGCACUGGGCCGAGCAGACCGUCUUCGCCGGAGAGGACGUCAAGUGCACCGUCACCUUCAAGAACGUCGCCCCGGACCAGAGCCAGCAGAGGCAGAAGCAGCAGACGCAGCAGCAAGGCGGGGAGAGGCACAGGAAUGGCCGGGCCAAGGCCGCCGCGAGUCUUACCUCGCCGCCUCCCGCGACCUCCGGCAGAGGGCAUCGUCGAACAUCUCCGAACCUCAUGCCGGAGUUCCGGUUCCCUGCUGCUUCACCGCCUGAGAAUGACUCCCAGCACAGCCCGCGAAGGCCCCCGACAGAGGGCUUGCUGAACCCCAAGGGCGGGAGUGGCGAUCACAACAACCUCGCCGUGCGACCUAAAGACGCCCCCCUCAGUGCUGUCGAUAGGCCUGCAGCACGAAUCUUGUCGAGCACGAGUAUACCAGGAGGGACACCGCGCAGCAGCGGCGAGUUUUAUUCCAUGAGCAACAACUCAUCAGAGACGCUGGCAUCGGAGUACGUGACGCAACCGCUCACCAGAGGGCACGGGAGGUCACCGCACCUCCGGCGCAGCUUCGGUGUAAUCCAACAACAGUCACGAGCUCCGGAGUCGCUCAUGAUGGGCUAUGCCCAGAUUCAGGGUUCGUUCGUUUUGGACGGCUCGCUCGUCAGCUUGGGCCCUUUCGAGCUUGUAAAGAAAAAGGCAGCAGUGGGCGGCAGAGGUGGCGGAGUGAUUGGCGUCGACUCGCAAAGGAGAGAGAGCGGACUCCUCCGUGGCUUUGGCUGGAGCAACAUCAGCAACUCCCUCGGCGAUCUUCUGGGCGGCGGAGAGCUGAGCACCAUCAAGGAGAUGCGCGGCGUUGCAAACUCGAAGUCCGUGCCGCUCCUGAGCACGCCGCAGUCUAUCCUGUUUGUCGACCUGCAACUGGCGCCUGGCGAGAGCCGUUCCUUCGAAUACACUUUCAAGCUGCCCAAGGGUCUUCCACCGACGCACAAGGGUAAGGCAGUCAAGAUCGCGUACAGCCUUGUCAUUGGCACGCAGAGGGUUGGGGGCGCCAAGGAGCAGCAGGUUCGCUCAGUCGAGGUGCCAUUCCGUGUUCUGGGGAGCGUCAAUAGCCACGGGGAGAUCUUGGGCCACGACCUGAUGAAUCCAUAUGUCCUGCUGCGGGACGAGGCUAACGUGAAGACGCUUGGCAAAGGCAAAAAGCCUCACGCUGAUACGGGGCCGUGCGACUCGCCAGCAACGAUGAAUGACUUCCUAACGUACGUUGACGAGCUUCUUACGAGGCCGAGAGACGAAGUUGGCGGCACGCUACUGUCUCCGACAGAGAGCCUUGGGGCAAGGCGCCAAUCGUCAUUCGAGGAUACCACGAGCGCCAAGGAGGCUAUCCAUCUUGCCAUCAUGAGGAGCAACCAGGCUGGCGAGGGGCAGCAGAGCCCCAAUCGAUUCGAGAUUGCCCGCAACGGGCAACGCGUUGGUGUGGUCAUGCUUACGAGGCCGGCGUACCGGCUGGGAGAGGUCAUCACCAUGGCCAUUGACUUUACCGAUGCCGACAUACCGUGCUACGCGGUCCAUGCGACUCUCGAGACGUCUGAGAAAGUGGACCCCUCGCUGGCACUGCGCUCGGAAUCGAGCAUCCACCGCGUCACAAGAAAGGUCUACGUAGCAUCCUCGGAGGCCGCACUCUACUCACGACGCGUCGUCUUUACGCCGACGAUUCCGAUAUCCGCCACCCCCGAGUUCGUGACGAGCGGCGUCAGCUUUGAGUGGACAAUACGCGUCGAGUUCGUCGUUCCGUAUCAGGGGCCGCAAGGGCCGGACACGGGCGAGCCGCGGACAGUGCAUCCUCUGCUGGAGCAGAUCUCGCAAGACGAAAAGGGAGGGCUCGUGCUGGUUGCCAUGGAGAACCUGGCGUGCGAGAGCUUCGACGUCUCUGUGCCGCUGCGCGUCUACGGGGCCGUGGGCAGCGGGCUGGAGCGUCUCGAGCGAGACGAGGCCGCCGAGGAAGGGCUGGCAGUGUAA